CGAGAGCCGAUCUUCAUUUCUGGCAGUUUGGUCUCAACUUUUUGGUUACCCAAGAGUGGCUGCUGGAUGUGAUGUGAAGGUCAAGGUUAUUUCAAUCAAACAGCUGCGACAGAUGACCAUAAGACUACUGUAAAGGCCAGUAGAGAUCUGUCACAUCAAGUUACAGAAAUUAACUUGGAUAGUCUAGGUGAACACAACAGUAUGGCUAGUGGAGAGGAUACUCUAGAUGACCACAACAGUAUGGCAAGUGGAGAGGAUAGUCUAAAUAACCCCAACAGUAUGGCUAGUGGAGAGGAUACUCUAGAUGACCACAACAGUAUGGCUAGUGGAAAGGAUACUCUAGAUGACCACAACAGUAUGGCCAGUGGAAAAGACAUCUCAACAUAUUUUACAGGUAGACAUGAAGUACAAGAAUGUCUUGUAGGUGAAGGUGAGGAAGAUCUACCCAUACACUUGGCAAACUGUGAGAAAAAUCCUGGCCAUAAAAACUUUGUGCCUGUUAAUCAGUUAAGUCUUGAACAUUUUCCUUCUGGUCACCAAGACAACGAUGUGCGCAACUUCACAAAAGCUCUGGCUGACCUAACCAUCAGGAUAGCCGUUAAGUUCACCAGUCCAAACAGACCAGAGCUUGUACCAGACACUAAAGAUCCAUAUCCUUGCUACAACACCAGGGGACAGAACUCACUGAGGACAGGGACUGGGAGGGUGGUGAGGGUGACCAAGUACACAGAGGGAAUGGACCAGGCAUACCCUCCCUACAGAACUUGUCCAUGUCCUAAAUGUGACCACUCGAACAAACCCAGCAAAAAUUGGUGGAGGGUUGUUGUGAUGUCAGCAUCUCAUGUGGUUUUUGAUAAAAGUGAGGCAAGACAAUCCAGCUGCAGGUUGUGGUUUGAUGAUGAGGAAAGUCCAGUGGUCAAGAUUUAUGGGUGGGAUGUGGAUGUGUCAGACACUGAAAGAGACACGUGUUUGUUGUAUUGUGUGACACAUGACGCAGAUGUAGGUUAUAAACUGGAGGAUAUUGUGAGGUUGUUUAAUGGUCUAUUUCUUAAAGUAUGGGACAAUUACAGGAGUUGUAAAGAUGUGGACAAGCUGACCAUUAUAGUGUCACAUCCUCAUGGCUGUUCUAAGAAGGUCUCUAUUGGUCACUGGGUACACAGGCAGGAGGAGGGGGGUAUCAGAACCAGGUACACGUACACUACAUCUACCUGUCCAGGUAGCAGUGGGGCUCUGGUCUACAGAUUGGGGUGUGCUUGCUCUGGUCAUUCUCACAUUGGAGCUAACUCUGGUGGAUUAAAUUAUAGUGGGGUGUGGGUAAACUUGUAGUUUGCUUGUAUAUGGCGUCUAUCUGAUGUCAGCAAUUACAUAUUUAUCCACAUUGUUUCAGAACUGUAUUGUCUUUGAAUUGUUCUAAUUAGUUUCACAUUAGUUUUAUUUACGAAAAAGUUUUGAAAAUGUUUAAAAGAAUUUUGAAAAAAAUUUGUGUUUAUAAAAAUGUUUAUAAAAAUAUUUACAAUAAAUUGUUUCUACUUCU